AUGGCUGCUGCUGACACGUGUUGUAGGCAUCAAAGGUUGUUGAAUUCUCUUGAAAGGUUCCUAUUGCUUCGUGGGGAUCAUAAGGUACAGCGCUUCCGUUUUGUUUGGCGCAGGAACCAAAGAUCAUCAUCAUCGUGCAUCUGUCGUGAUGUCUACUUCCGGGUGAUGUCGUGGGUCCACAAGGCGGUGAAGUGUAACGUUGAAGAGGUUGAUCUUGAUCUGUUUGGUCUAGAUGACCCCAUUCUGGAUUUUCCGUCUUCCAUCUUUCUAUGUGAAUCUUUGAAGUCUCUAUCGGUGCACAUGGAGCGUCUGAUUCUUAAAGCCCCCUCCGUCUCCUUUUCCUCGAAUCUAAAAGACUUGGAGUUGUCGGGUGUUUUUAUAGCAGAUGAGGAGGGGUUUUUCAAAUGGAUCUCAUGUUCUUGCAAAUGCAUCCAGUUUUUUUCCUUUUUUUUUUUUUUUCAGAAAUGUGGAUUUGAUAUGGGAUACUGGAAACUAGAGAACCUUGCUUUUAUUCAUGAGCUUAAGUACUUUACGAUAGAGCUUUCAGAAGGGUCCAAUGGUGUUAAAUUAGCAAAGUAUAUACUCGAGUGGGCUGCAAAAUUGAAGAGUGUUGUCGUAAUUUGUUCACCUCAAAAUUUGGAGGAAGUUAAGAGGAAGUUAGCGAAAUGCAAGAUGAUUUCCAAGGCUGCAAUUUUCUUUAAGGAAAGACGGGGAAAAGCGAACAAAGACAGCUCUUUGAUAGGUUUAUGCUUAGUGUGAAUGUUGAGAGGAACCAUUGGGACAAGUUGUUUAGAUCUCUCAGCAUUAUUGGGUUCAUUGGUUUCUACUGCCAUUGGAGAAAGACCUUUUUUUCUCUCUGCAUCUGUAAAAUGAAUUUUUCUUCCCCCUUAGCUGGACAAUAAUGCUAAAUAGUAGAUAUCAAUAUUUGAAUCAGGCUUGCUUCUGGUGGAAGCCUCUUCGACUUGG